ACAGCAAUCUGUCCUCCAACAACUUCAACUCCUGGGGUCUUCCCCUUUUAUAUUCUUCUUUCCACUAUUCCUUCUUUGUCCUAAGGUGCCCCUUCCUUCACUCUCACACUCAGUCAUGCCUGUCUCUUCUUUAUCUUCUUCUUCUUCCCCUCUCUCUCCCCUCUGUUUUCUCACUCUGCUUCUCAUUUUCAUCACACCAUCAGAAUGUGCUGCAACACCAGCACCUAAAAAGGCCCCCGCCCGCCGCCACCGCCUCCUCUCUGUCGACUACUACACCAAAACAUGCCCUUACCUCGAGCAACUCGUCUCCUCAAUCACCACCCAACAGUUCAGAGACGUACCAGUCUCAGCUCCAGCAACACUCCGCCUGUUCUUUCAUGAUUGCUUUGUAGAAGGCUGUGAUGGGUCGAUUCUGAUAUCGACGAAGCCUGGCAGCAAAGUGGCAGCGGAGAAGGAUGCAGCGGACAACAAGGGGCUGAGACCGGAGGGGUUUGAAAGCAUCAAGAAGGCCAAGGCGUUGGUUGAGAGCAAGUGCCCUGGCGUUGUGUCUUGUGCUGACAUCCUCGCAAUUGCAGCCCGAGAUUUUGUCCAUUUGGCAGGAGGACCGUAUUACCAGGUGAAAAAGGGACGAUGGGACGGGAAGAUAUCAAUGGCGGCCAGAGUAGGUUCCAAUCUGCCGCAAGCAAACUCCACCGUUGAUCAGCUUCUCAAACUCUUCAAUUCCAAAGGUCUAUCAAGCGAUGACCUCGUUGUGCUCUCCGGUGCGCACACGAUCGGAUUUGCGCACUGCGAGCAUUUCACAAACCGUCUCUACGACUACAGAGGCACGAAAAAACCGGAUCCGGCGAUCGACGGGAGACUACUCAAGGAGCUUAAAAUGUCGUGCCCUAGGUACGGUGGAAAUACGGAUAUAGUGGCGCCGUUCGAUGUAACAACACCGUUUGUGUUCGACCAUGCGUACUACGGGAAUUUGGAAAGUAAACUAGGGCUGUUGGCUACGGAUCAAGCUCUGGUGUCGGAUGCGAGGAUGAAGACGAUGGUGCAGAGCUUGGCGAAAGAUAAGCAGAAGUUUUUUCAAGCUUUCGCGGCGGCGAUGGACAAAAUGGGGUCGAUCGGAGUGAAGAGGGGGCGACGACAUGGAGAGCGACGAACGGAUUGUAGCGUUCAUCAGAGUUGAUUGACGACUUGAUAAUGGCAUCUUUGAAAAUAAUCCCUUUUUAUUGGUUUUUUUUUUUAAUUAUUAUUUUAAUUUUAGCAAUACAUGGGAGAAAUUUCUGUAUUC